GGUACGCCCUCUGCACGCGAUCUGCUCGAGCAGUUUAGUGUGACGAAGAAGUACAACCAUCCCGAACCAUUUCUUACAAUGAGCAAGCCAAUCAGCCCGGCAUCUCAUGGUGAUAAGCGAAAGGACAAGCCUUCCGAUUCAGUAUCACCGGCCCUGACGCUCGAUACUGGGUUUCCGGGUGGUACACCAGGGGCAUCAACAUCUCCUGCUGCUUCUACGAACCGCCCACGAGCGCUGUCACCAGACAAACCCAAGAAGAGAAGGAGAUCACCGCGAGAAAAAGCAGUCAGCCCAGGUAAAGCUUCAAAAUCCCAUCCCAAGCCAAUCCCAUCUGCAAAGAGUUCCCUACAGGACAAUUGCACCAGUCCUGUGAUACUCGAGAAGCUUCCUGUACCUUCAACUGACAGCCCAGUUGCAGCUAGCAAGCAACCAGAAGAACGUUCAUCCACCAUGCCUGUUGCAGAAACAGCAACUGCCAAUUCAUUGGAGAAAGAACCAUUCAAGAAGCACAUGAGUAUCAAUAUCUCACCAGACGAGCAAACUGCCAUGACAGAAAAAAUGACACAAGAACCGCUCCCUGGCCAUGGCACCGAUUUUGGGCCAACUCAGGAAAAAACUGUGGCGCACACCGUUGUGGAAGACCCCGCCCAGCAAGCCACUGUGGAAGUGCAAGCCGCCGUGGAAGAACCGGUACUGCAAGACAUCAUGGCACAACCCGUAGCGCAAUCCGGCGUGGAAGCACCCGUACAGCAACACGUCGUUGAAGAGCCCGUAGUGCAAGCUGUUGUGGAAGACUUGCAAGUCCUUCCUCGCAAAGGGACGCUUUUUGCUGCACGAUCUUCCAUGAAGAAGCAGGCGUCGGGGAUCCAAAAUACCGGAGCAAAAGAUUCAGUAGCAACGCCACAUCGAAAGCCACUGUUUAGCCUGCAGUCACCUGAAAGUAAUUUUCUUUGUCCCGCACCCAUUCGCACGGCUCCUGUUCCUGUUCCAUAUGAGGCCAGGGAAAGCCCACAACAGCGGGGUAAUAGCAACGUCGAGGAUAACAAUUUAUCGGACCCCACCAUCGUACUCGGGCAUGGCUGCUACCAGAGAAUGGCCUUGUUCUGCAGUCAGCUUGCUGGAUUCGUCUUCCUCACCCAGCAUAUGGCUGUAAUUUUAACGACAGCUUACACGGACCACUGGUGCAAGCCCCCUCCGGAGUUCGCAGACGUCAGCCUGGAUGAGUGGAAGAACAGGAGUAUCCCCCGAGGUCCUGAUGGGGCCCUCAGCCAUUGCUUGGUGUAUGACCCUCCUUUACCAUCCCCAUCUGUGAAUAGGACUACUCGACGCUGCUCUCAAUGGGUGUUUGACAAAGCCGACAAUCACGAAACACUGCAGAGCCGCUGGGGUCUGGUAUGCGAAUGGAGCAACCUGGUCGUCGUCCAACAAACGAUCUACAUGAGUGGAGCCAUGGCCGCCGUUCCUGUAGCUGGGAUGGUGUCUGAUCGAAUCGGCAGGAGGCCAGUCAUCUACAUGGCCGUUUUCAUCACGCUUUUUGCUGGAUUUACUACUUGUUUUGCAAAGAGCUUCACCGUCUAUGUUGCCGCCCGUUUCCUCUUGUCUGGAGCAACGGCGUCCAUUCGCAUCAUGACGUUCAUCCUAUUAUUCGAAAUCACAACACCAGAGCUCCGUUUGUUCAACUGCGUCCUAGUUCAAGCCGGAUUGGUGGCUGCCGUGAUAUUUAUACAUACACUGAGAAGGUUGCAUCUCAGCAUGAACUGGGUCGAAAUCAUUCUGCUUAUUCCAGCAGCGUGCCUUAUCUGCACUGGUUGUAUGCUGCAAGAAUCUCCCCGCUGGCUGCUUGCCACGAACGACUACAAGGCGGCAGAGGUCACGCUGAUGAGGGCCGCAGCGUUAAACGGUGUCAGGUGUGAAGAAGCCCAAGUUCGCUGGAAGCGUUUGAUCCAGAACAUCCGGAACUCGGAAGAAACUUCCACAAUGACGCUACCCAGCGGUAUUCUACAGCUGGUGAGAUCAGAGACGCUCAGGGAACGCACACUAAUUCUUUUCGCCUGCUGGGCAUCCAGCGUCCUCACUUUCUACCAAUUGCUGCUCUACAUAAACCAAGAAGCGUCACUAACGGGACAAUUCCUAAGCGUCCUGGCACAAGCUCCUGCUCCAGCGAUUUCUUUCCUACUAAUGGAGAAAGUGGGACGACGUCAGCCAUUUUAUGUCUCAUUGAUGGCCGGUGGAUUGCUCAUGGUCGUUCUACUAUUGCUUCUGCUUUCGCAAAUGAAGGGAUUACUCUUCGACGUCGUCAUCGUAGCGACGAACCUAGUCGCCAACGCCGUGAUGUCAAUAAUUUAUGUUUACACUCUAGAACUCUAUCCUACUACACUGCGGAGUGCAGGGAUAUCUGCGUGUUUUCUGUUCGGCAGAAUAGGAGGUGUUCUGGUUGUCCCACUAACCGACGUUGCUGGGUCUACGCAUAGGAGCGUGUCGUAUCUUGUGCCUGGAAUCCUGAACGUGAUCAGCGGUGCGUUUGCGAUGAGGCUCACGGAAACUCGAAAGUUGCAGGUCGUUAACAGUGUCGGCGAACUGGAGAAGCAGAUGGAAAGGAUGAGAUUGCUGGAGCUCGAGACUAACCCAAUUAGGGGCAAACGUCGCAGGUGGAGGAAAUGAUCGACUGGACCUAUGUCCUUUCCGUUUCGAUAAUCCGAUGUCGGUUAAGAGUCUAAAACGAAAUAAAUGCGAAUUGCAAUA